AUGGCUAACCGCGAAUUCUAUUAUUUCUAUGCACCUACAUGGGAUAACCCUCCUAAUGGUCCAAUUAAGCUAGGCAAUGUCAUCAGCUCAGUCAAAGAGCCUCAUCGACCCCGCUUCUAUCAUCCGCCCUCUGAUGAUUCUGAUAUCACCAAGGUGGAAAAGAAGAGUGUUCAGUACACGAAGGAGAAAUUGAAGAGUGGGCGAUUCUCCAUCCUGACCAAGUUUCUUGGUGUUCUCGGCUUUGGUAUCGAUGUCGGCGCUGAAAUCGAAAGGAGCGAUCAAGAAUCAUUCUUCUUCAAAACUCUUGAGACCAGUCAGUUUAUACCGACCUCGGCGUAUCUUCAGAAGUGCGUCGAGGCCGAAACUGUGCGUCGCUACCUGGAAAUUACCCGUUACCGAAAGCCCAUCUACAUCAUCACGGGACUCAAAACAGUCACAGGCGCCGAGGCGAACACCCUCGAGUCUCGGACAGUAGGCAGUAACCUUGCUGUAGAGGUUGAUGGUACAGUAUGGAGUGGUGGUGCCGUCCCAGUCGGCGGCGGUCCUGGAAUCGAAGGUAAAACUACCACGAGCCAAGGAACAAAAUGGGAGGCUAGCGGUGAUUUCGUGUUCGCCUUCCGUGUGAGCAAAGUUGUCGUGAAAAAGACUGGAGACGUAGGUGAGGAGGAAUUUCGCAAGGGGGCUAUGAUGGAUGGCGAGAGCAAAGUGAACAAACCGGACCUUUCUAUCGUCAGUGUUGAAGAGCCAGAUGCAAAGUCUGAAGGGUUUGGUGAUGAGGAGGUGAUGGAAGAUGAUGAAGUCGUGUUCUGUGGUGUACCGAUGCCUGAGACACAUGAUCACUGA